AUGGAGAAAGUGGAAAGGGACAACGGAACAUCAUCAUGGGAGUUCCUCCUGCUGGGAAUGGGGAAUGUCCCCUCACUCCAGGCACCACUCUUCCUCCUCUUGCUCAUGAUCUACUUGUUGACUGUAGUUGGGAACAUCCUUAUCAUUGUGCUGGUGGUGGCAGACCGACACCUGCACACCCCCAUGUACUUCUUCCUGGGCAAUCUGUCCUCCCUCGAGACCUGCUACAGUUCCACUAUCCUGCCCCGGCUGCUGGCCAGCUUCCUGACUGGGGACAGGACCAUCUCUGCUCAGGGCUGUAUAGCCCAAGUGCAUUUCUUUGGCUCUUUUGCUGUUAGUGAGUGUUACCUGCUGGCCAUGAUGUCCUAUGAUCGGUACUUGGCCAUAUGCCAGCCCCUGCUCUAUGCAAGCCUCAUGGCCUGGAAGGUCUCUCUACAGCUGGCAGCAGCAUCUUGGCUAGGGGGAUUCCUUAGCUGUACAGUAGUCACGUCUUUCUUAUCCCAUUUAAGGUUCUGUGGCCCCAAGGCAAUUGACCACUUCUUUUGUGAUCUUACCCCAUUGCUGGAGCUCACCUGCAGUGACACGAGGGUGGUCACUGUAGUAAGUUUCAUCCUGUGUUUCGUGGAUAUAAUCUUCCCCUUCCUGUUCACCCUGGCCUCCUACAUGUGCAUCAUAGCUGCCAUCGUGAGGAUCCCGUCCAGCAUGGGCAGGCAGAAGGCCUUCUCCACCUGCUCCUCUCACCUCACUGUCCUCACUGUUUUCUAUGGCACCCUCAUCAUUGUCUACCUGAUACCCAGAACAGCCUCACUGAGGCAGCUAAACAAAGUCUUCUCCUUUUUCUAUACUAUCCUGACACCUUUGAUCAAUCCCCUCAUCUACAGCCUGCGGAACAGGGAGGUCAGGGAGGCCCUGAGGAAAGCACUCUGGAAAAGCCUGGUUUGCACCCAGAGCUCAUAG